CUCAUGCGCUCGCGCGCUGCUUCAUUCCACCUCCUCAUGCGCUCGCGUAGUUUCCGUCGCGCAUAUUCUAGCACGAGCGCACCGCCGAUUCGACCGCGAGCUACUUUUCACGCCUAAAACCACACUUGAAACAAAACUUUCUUCUUUUAUGUUUUUGGCUUGUUCUUUAAGCUAUGCGGUUUACAUGGAGCGAGGUUGAGAGCGCGUGCCUGCCGUAGGAGUGCGGCAGCGUCCGCUUGUGAGUCCGGGUUGCGCUUUUGGAUGAGCGCGGCCGAGCCGGAGCGGCGCGCGCUUCACGAGGAUGCUGCGGGGAAAUGCCUGCGGGAAGGGAGGAUGAGAUGUGCGGGAAGGCGCUGGAGCUGCUCUCUGAUCUGUGCUCACGUGGAGAGGUGCACAGCGACAAGUGCGCCGACUUCAUGUACUCCUUCCGCGAUCUGGGCAGACCGGACUACUCGGACUCCGAUGUGUCGGUGAGCCUGCUGUCGUUGAUGGUGACUUCCUGUGGCCUGGCUCUGUUUGGUGUCUCGCUCUUUGUGUCAUGGAAGCUGUUCUGGGUGCCAUGGCGCGACCGUUUCUGGCCCUCCAGCCUGAAGGAGCAGCAAGGCGAGCAGCAGCCAGUGCUGACAGAGGAGGAACUUUUGGAGCGCGAGUACAGCGCCGAUUUCUUCAAGGACACUUGUGCCACACUGGUGCCUGAGUCAGCCAUGAAGAUCAGCCACACAUCACCGGACAUCCAACUGGAGGCGCAGACCAAAGCCAAUGAGCACAACCACAUGCACAUUGCACGUGUUCAGAGGCAGAUCACCGACCCCACUUCAUCUGUCCGGCAUAACUCCAUUCGGAGGCAAAUGAACCUCACGAGCCCUGAGUUCAGCCCAGCUCAGUUCCAGAGACAGGAAUCCUUAUCCGGGCCGGGUCUGGGCCGGAUUAAGCCGGAGCUGUACAAACAGCGCUCGGUGGACACCGAUGACAGUAGGAGAGCGGACAGCUGUGGCCGUCUACACUUUAUCCUAAAGUAUGACUGUGGCCUGGAACAACUGAUUGUGAAGAUCCACAAAGCUGAGGAUCUGCCCGCCAAGGACUUCUCGGGGACGUCAGAUCCAUACGUAAAGAUCUAUCUACUGCCUGAGCGCAAGACCAAGCAUCAGACCAAAGUGCACCGCAAGACCCUCAACCCUGUGUUCGACGAGGUCUUCUUAUUCCCUGUGGUGUACGGCGAGCUGCAUGCCCGUAAGCUGCACUUCAGCGUCUAUGAUUUUGACCGCUUCUCACGCCAUGAUCUCAUUGGCCAAGUAGUGGUGGACAACUUCCUGGAUUUGCCAGACUUCCCAGGGGAGACAAAAAUUUGCAGAGAUAUUCUCUACGUCACUGGGGAUAAUGUUGACUUGGGUGACCUGAUGUUUUCACUCUGCUAUCUUCCGACUGCGGGCCGACUGACUAUCACGAUCAUCAAAGCCAGGAACCUGAAAGCCAUGGACAUCACAGGAGCCUCAGACCCUUACGUGAAAGUCUCCCUCAUGUGUGACGGUCGGAGACUGAAAAAGCGAAAAACAUCUACCAAGAGGAACACUCUGAACCCCGUUUACAACGAAGCCAUAGUUUUCGAUGUCCCUCCUGAGAACAUAGACCAAAUAAGUCUGUUAAUAGCAGUGAUGGACUAUGAUCGUGUCGGCCAUAAUGAGAUCAUCGGUGUGUGUCGAGUAGGGAACCUGGCUGAGAGCCUGGGCCGAGAUCACUGGAACGAGAUGCUGACCUACCCGCGCAAACCCAUCGCCCACUGGCACCCGCUCGUAGAGGUAAUGAUGAAAAACAGCCUAAGACCACGGCUUAAGUGGAGCAGUGAGGGAAAUCCCGGAGGAAGCCAAGGCUCCUGCAACUCCCUCAAAACACCACCAUCACCCUGACGCAUCCAUCUGAACACAACUCACAGCUUUGGAGGGAAAAUGGUGGGAGAGAGAGACAUCUCAGCUAAAGGUCACUGAAAAAACAAACAAACACUGGACUUUUUCACAUGGGGAAAGGGUGCCUGUCUGUUCUACUGCAUGUCAAAGUGACCGUGUGUAGGCUUCUGUUUAAAAAAGAAAAACAAAAACAAAUUCCUAACAAGGUUACAGUUUUGUUUAAACUCUAUUUGAGAGGUGAGUAUUUUUUGACAUGUUUUCCGUAUCUGUAUAACACAUUGUAAUAACUUCUUGAUGGUUUUGAGUGCAGUGCAUGGCCUCUAUUUUGUGUAAUUUUGUUCUUAUGGUAUCAGAUUUUACAGUGUUCAAUCAUUCUGUAUGAAAAUACAUGAGAAGUACAAUAGAAAAAUUGCUGGUCGUAAUUACUUCGUAUUGGUAUGAAUUCUUUGGACAAAUAGCUAGGAAAAUAAAUUCUGAUAAUAUGAGUAUUCAUGAAAUUAUGAAUAAUAAAUUGUGUAGCCAGAUAACCCACAACACUGUGGGAGUUUUGGCUCUAUUUUAUAUUUUCCCUAAUACCUGCGUAGUCACACCAUAGUUUUACAUGGAGCUACAGUGUAACUACAGGGGAUUUAAGCGCUGGUUAUAGAUGUAAAUUACAGUAGAACAUUUUAUGAUUAUACAUGUAUCCAUUGACUUUGACAGUAUCUACACACCUGCUACACAGUAACUAUCCACAAGUUUUUUUUUAUGUAAUUGCUGUGUAAUAUUUGUUGCAACAUAAAAACCCACAAAAAAAUGCUAUGUUAUGUAAAUUUAUUUGUCAGUACCUACAAUGCAAUGAAACAGGAACUGGGCAGGUCUUAUAUAUAUCCAACAAUAUUUCAAUACUGCAAAAAUACAGAUGGCUUAAAGUCUGAUCUAUUAGUUGAGAAUUUGAUUUGCACAUAAUUGCAUAAAAUGUACUACUGUAUCUGUAAUCCAUCUGUAACUUCUUAAAUCCUCAGUAGUUCCCUUAUUAGCUCCCCUGAACUUAUGAACUUCCCCUGGCUGUAUGAAUAACUGAAUCACUGGCUGUCUUCAAACAAAGACUAAAGACCUGAAGGUCCAAUGUGUCCAACAGGAAAUAGAAAUACCUUGCCAUGCUGUAUCUUCUCCUAGGUUUAUGUCCUUGUCCCCUGGCUUCUCCAACAAAACAACACUGCAUACAGCCUUGAACGAAGCAACAUACAAGCUUAAAAGUUUAACAACGGAAUGUCAGUAAUGUGCCAUAAUACCUUUUAUUAACAAAACUAAAACUGUGCCAUCAUGUAACUACAGAUGCUGAUAUAUACAGUGGCAUAGCUGAAAUAUUUUAUUAAAGCUCCAAAUAGUUGUUUGUGAGUGUCUAACGAAUGCCUGCCUUGUUUAAUUGCAUUUUACUGGGUACCACCUUAAAUAGUGAGAAACAGGAUUAAACAACUAAUUGGUAUCAUGAGUUUUUUUGCCUUAUAUAAUGAAAUGACAAAUUGCUUAUGACCACCAUCUGGCAUCCAGCCAAAAUAUUCAAUAUCAUACAAGAUCAGUUUAAUUGUCCAGAUCACACUGUAAUUUUAUUUAGCAUAUUUCCUCACCUAAAGACUAGUUGAUGUUUUUCCAUUCUUCAUCUGUCCAGUUUCCAUGAGCCUGUGCCCAUUGUAGCCUUAUUUACUUCAAGGUUUGACAUCAGUGUUGUGCAUUCUGGAGAUGCUUUUCUGCUCACCAUGGUUGUAAAGAGUAGUUAUGUCAUUUAAUGUCAUUUACUGUAGCCUUCCUGUUAACUCAAACCAGUCGUCCCAUUCUUCUCUGACCUCUCUCAUCAUCAAGCCGUUUCCACCGACAGAAAUGCUGCUUAUUGGAUGCUUUUUUUUUGUUUUUCGCACUAUUCUGUGUAAACAUUAGAGAUCCCAGGAGAUUUCUGAAAUACUCAAACCGGCCCAUCUGAAAUCAACAACCAAGACACUGAGAUCACAUUUUCCCCCAUUCUGACAUUUGAUGUGUACAUUAACUGAAGCUAUUGGCCUGGAUCUGCAUGCUUUUACGCAAUUUUCUGCUGCCACAUUGGCUGAUUGGAUAAUUGCAUAAAUGUACAGGUGUUCAUACACCUAUAUCAUGUACUAUAUCAUGUAGUACACAAUGUUUCAAGAGAAACAGGACACAUUCCUUCAUCAGCUGUGCAAGCAAAGUGUUUUUGACUGUUUUCUCAUAAAGGACUUUGACCUGUCCUGCUUAUCUGGAAAUUUUGCUACAUUGCUGUUUCCACAGUAUGUGUGUGUAUAUAAAUAUAU